ACUAUUGGAGGGAAAAAGGACAUCGGCCGCAGACGAACGAUGGCGCCGCCCACCGUGGGCCUCGCGGAGAAGCUCUUCUGGAUCCUCGCAUACAGCGGCUGCAGCUCCACGAUGCUGGUCAUCAACAAGCUCGCCGUGGGCGCGCUCCCGUUGCCCACCGUGGUGUCCGGCGCGCAGCUGGCCGUGAGCGCCGCGGUCGUCGUCGUCAUGCAAAUGUUCGGCGCCAAGGUCAUGGGCCCGAUGGACCGAACGCGGGUGGUGCCGUUCGUCCUAUACACCGCCAUGUUCGCGGGCGGCCUCUUCGCGAACAUGAAGGCCCUCCUGCUGACCAACGUCGGCGCGGUGAUCGCCGCGAGGUCGUGCCUCCCCGUCAUCGUGUGCAUCAUCGAAUGGGCGUUCAUGGGCAGAUCGUUGCCGUCCGCGCGAUCCACGCUCUCCCUCGCGGGCGUCGUCGGCUUUGCGGGACUCUACAUCCGUUUCGACUCUGGCGUCGACGUCAACGGUACGAGCGGGUACGUCUGGCUCUUCAUCUGGUGGAUGCUCCUGGCGCUGCAGAUGACGUACGGGAAGUGGAUGACGGAGAAGAUCGAGAUGACGCAGUGGGAGCGCGUGUUCUACACCAACGCCUUCGCCAUCCCGCCGACGAUCCUUCUCUUCUUCUUCACGGGCGAGUUCAGCAACGUGAGCGACGUGGAGAUGGGCGACGGCGCGUGGUUCUGGCUCAUCGCGUCGUGCGUCAUGGGCGUCGGAAUCUCGUACAGCGGAUGGAGGACCCGAAGCGUCAUCACGGCCACCACGUUCACGCUCGUGGGCGUGCUGAACAAGAUGGCGACCAUCGCGUUCACGGUGAUUGUCUGGCCCAACGACACCACGGCGGCGUCCAUCCUCGCGCUCGUGUUUUGCAUCCUGUUCGGGCUGCUGUACCAGGACGCGCCCAAACGGAAGGAGAGGCCGUCCAUCGGCGGGCACAAGGCGACGAUGUCGUGAGCCGGUGUCGGGGGGAGGGGGAGGAUUGUUGGUCAAUCGACGGCGCGGCCGAAUUUUAACAUUUUUUCAAACGUGUGAUCAAACGCGAGAAACCGCCCGGUAGGCUCGGUUUGUCGAGAAUGCGCUUCUCGCACUUUCAUUCAC